AACUUCUACAAAAAUGAAAUCAACAGGAAAGACAUGUACAUUCGAUACAUCUACAAGUUGUGUGAACUUCAUCUGCCUGCAGAGAACUACACGGAAGCAGCCUACACCCUCAAGCUGCACGCGGAUCUGUUGUCUUGGUCCAACUGUACCCUUCCAGUUGACCAGAGAUACCGAGAGCAACAAGAGUGGCAGAGGAAAGAAGCCCUUUAUCUAAAAAUUAUUGACUAUUUCGAUAAAGGAAAGUGCUGGGAAGAAGGCAUUCCACUGUGUAAAGAACUGGCCGACUUGUACGAGAAGAAAUUAUUUGAUUAUGCUAGGCUCAGUUCAAUUCUGAAAAUACAGGCAACUUUUUUUGACAACAUCCUUAACCAGUUGCGACCAGAACCAGAGUAUUUUCGAGUUGGAUUUUAUGGAAUGGGUUUUCCUCUCUUUUUGCGGAAUAGAGUUUUUGUUUACCGUGGCCUGGAAUAUGAACGUAUUGGAGCUUUCACUCAGAGACUACAGACUGAGUUUCCGCAAGCACAAAUUCUUAUGAAGAACACACCCCCUGAUGAAAGUAUAAUGAGUUCAGAUGGACAGUGUAUCCUUAUCUUUUU